UACCAGUCAGCCCUGGGAGUUGAAAACGCCCGAGUCUGUUUGCCUUCCACACUGUUCUGUUCCGAACUGAUAACCCGAAAUUUAAAAGGGUGUGGUGCGAAAACACCUCCCAUGGUAAAACUUGCUUGCACAGGAAUGAAACUGGGGCCGAAACAGUCCUGUCAUAGCAGGAACUAACUCGUGAUUGAGCUCUGGUCUCGCCCCCUCGUUCAUUUCAGGAAGCCUGGUCAGCUGACUGUUCCGAAAGUUCUUUCCGAUUGUUACGUUGUAUCGCCGGCUUCUGUUUGAUUGUUACAUUGUGUCUCAGGAUUCUGUUUGAUUGUUACAUUGUGUCUCAGGAUUCUGUUUGAUUGUUACAUUGUGUCUCAGGGUUCUAUUUAAUUGUUACAUUCUGUCUCCGCGUUCUAAUCCAUUGUUACGUCGCGUCUCCGAGUUCCAAGCCUCUCCAGUCCCCGGGGGGACUCCUGGAUCAAAGGCGGAGGCCGAAUGGAAGACGAUGCUGAGCAAGUGGAUGAGGGUGUAGCUGGCUCGGCAGCAUUUAUUACCCAUCCUUACCUGCCCAGAGGCAAUCAGCGUUAACCACAUUGCUGUGGGUCUGGAGUCACAUGUAGGCCAGACCAGAACCCCGAGUUGGUUUUCCAGUUGGAUACCUGCCUGGUGCCCGACCUCCAUGGCCCAGCUCAAGGCUGUUGAGGAGCGGAUCCUGUCAGUGAUCCACUCCCGGAUGGAAUCCCGCUACGUGAGGUUACCGUGCGGUGAGAGGAUCUGGACGGUGUCGCUGAGCCCGGAGGAGGACGGGGCAGUGCCCGGUGGGCAGGGUACUUCAGGGAAGAGGACGCCCCUGGUCUUGGUCCAUGGUUUUGGAGGGGGCCUGGGGCUCUGGGUCCAGAACAUGGAGAGCCUGAGCCAGCGCCAUCCAGUCCACGCCUUCGACCUGCUGGGAUUCGGCCGGAGCUCGCGGCCCCGGUUCCCCUUGGAGCCUGAGGAAGUGGAGGCUCAGUUUGUCGACUCCAUCGAGGAGUGGAGGGAACAGCUGGGUAUCAGCAAGAUGUUACUGCUGGGGCACAGCCUGGGUGGCUUUCUGGCAGCCAGCUACACCAUCCAGCACCCAGACAGAGUGAAGCACCUGAUCCUGGUGGAUCCCUGGGGACUCCCGGAGAGACCGGCCGAUCUCUCGGAAACCUGGAAACCCCCGAUGUGGGCGAAAGCUGCUGCUACCGUCCUAGGCAGGUUCAACUUCCUGGCAGUGCUGAGGGCAGCGGGACCCUGGGGUCCAUCCCUCGUGCAGCGAUUCCGGCCGGAUUUAAAGAGGAAAUACUCGGAGUACUUUGAGGAUGACACGAUACUGGAAUAUGUCUAUCACUGCAACGCCCAGACCCCCAGCGGCGAGGCAGCUUUCAAAGUGCUGUCAGAAUCCUUCGGCUGGGCGAAGAGACCGAUGCUGGGCCGGAUCCACUUGAUCCCGAAGGACGUUCCCAUCACCCUGAUCUAUGGAUCCCGCUCCUGGAUCGAAGCCAGCAGCGGGGAGCAGGUCAAGAGCUUGCGGCCACAUUCGUAUGUGCGGACGAUGGCCAUUGAGGGAGCGUCCCAUCACGUGUAUGCUGACCGCCCGGAGGAGUUCAACGCCGCCGUGCUGGAGAUCUGUGACUCUGUGCCUGAGACGCCCCCAGCUCCUCACUCGCCGAGUUCCACCAUCCCGGCCUCCCCCUCCUCGAGACCGUCGUCACGGGCCUUGGAAUGAUGCGAGGUCUCUGGCCACAGCCCAGUUGUCCUCGAGCAGGCCUAGCGUGGAACCCACCCCACCCACCUCUCCCCUCCAGGACGUCGCUCCACCCCUCACCCCCCCCCCGACACCCCGUCCCCUGUCGCUCAAAGGUGCCUCCUGCUCUCAUUCCCAAUGGACCGUGCUUCAGUCAUCAGUAAAGAGGCCGCAAUGAUUUUCGGAGGGGUUUGGUCAAUGAGUGGCGCGCGGGCGAAACCGUCUCCAAGCUUCCACCUCGCAACUGGGCUCGUCCAUCUCGUCCUUUCUCUUCUGGACCCCCAGUUCCUUGGGAAAUCCCAAGGUAUUCCCAAGACACGGUCCUGCAUGGGCGGGUCAUUCCUCUUCCGGUGCCAGUCGGGCCCCCUGGUGGUGGGGGGGGGGGCGGCUGUUACCUGGCCAGGAGUCCAACUCCUGCUCCUGUCAGAGGUGGCAGCGCCGAGGGGAGUGGGUCGCCGUCAGACCACCCCUCCCGGGCAGGUAAGCGCCGGUGUGCCGGGGCCGGCGUUCACUGCCUAGCACCCAGCAGGGGCAAACGAGACCGCCCACCGCCCGUGUGCGCAUCUGCUCCUUGGCUUUUUGUUGACUUAGGAGUUUGUGGGGUUUGUGUCUGGAGCAUCACCAUACAAACGCGACCCAAAUGGCCAGGCGAUGGACCGGCCACCUCAUGUAAACGCUGAGCUCCUAUCUGAAGAGAAUCCCCCCGGUGAGCCAUGGAGACACAGUCCUCUUGAAGUAAACCAAAUCAACUGUUAA